AUGGGUCCACCCCCGACGACAUCCGGAAUGAGUGCCGCGAUGAAGGAGAGGCUCGUUUCCGAGGCGUCGAUGCUGAGCAGCAAGCAGCAUAUGGCCUCCUUGAUAAUCGAUGAAGCAAGCAUCAGACCCAAGUGCAUCUAUGACAGGAAGGCCGACGCUGUGUUUGGCCUUAAAGACAAGCCCGGCGGUGAUACGCCCAGCAGGUCGAAGGAAGUGCUCGCGAACAGAGUUUUGUGCUUUGUAUUGCAAGGCCUGUCAAGCAAGUACGAAAAUUCCCCUGUUCGUAUUACUUCACAAAACAGGCUGAGCGGCAGGGACCUGUUCACGUGGACAAAAGAGGUGAUCGCUGCGGUGGAAUUGUGUGGCUUCGUUGUGACCCGCAUUGUGACUGACAAUUACUCAGCCAACGUCACCUUGUUUAAACACUUGUGGAGUGGCUCUCUGCAAACAGUCGUGAGGCACCCACACGAUGACAGCCGCAUCAUUCUGCUCAGCUUCGAUCCUUGCCACGUCCUGAAGAAUGUGCGCAACCAGUUCCUGGAGCGACAGCUUACGGAUGGCUCAGGUGUGAUUAGUGGCACCUUCGUACAACAGCUGUACGAGCACCAGAAGAAUAUGACAAUCAAGCUUGCCAGGAAUUUGACGAGGAAGCACGUCUACCCUACAAACCUGGUUUGUGCAGCACUGGAACACCUCGAAGAAAACUCCCGCAAUGACCCUGCACUCUCCGCAUUUAGGCGAGCAAGUUCCACCGUGCACUUCAUGAGGACAAUGAAAGAUUGGUUUGAUAUGCACGACACCUCUUUCGGGGGAACGGGGCAGAAGGCCCCCAUUGCAGACGUGGACGAUGGCCGGCUAUUGUGGCUAGAAAACGACUUCACGUGCUAUGUAAAGAAAGUAAAAGCAAGCUCAGUCGCCUCUGGGAAGGGCGCUUUCACCGACGAAACGUUUGAGGCGCUGCUUUUCACUACAAUGUCAACAGUGGAAACAACUCGAUACCUCCUAACCCAAGGCAUCAACUACGUGCUAACAAGGAAGCUAAACAGCGACCCCAUAGAAGCAGUAUUCGGCAGAGUCAGGUACAUGUGCGGUGGAAACGACAUGCUCGACGCCCGGGCUGUGACGGCUGCUUUGGACCAAAUUGUAAAAUCCAAGUUCGCAAGGCCACCUGAAGUCGUGACGUGCGACACUGAUGUUGACAAGUUGGUCAGUAGCCUGUCGGUGACGUUCUCCGACGACCUGAAAGAGCUUAGGGAAUGUACUUCCGCUCCCCCACUGUCUGUGACAUGCUCUGGUUUGGCCUACGUCGGUGGUUACAUCGCGAAACUGAUCACGGACUUCGGGUGCGAAUCUUGCGCCAUGCUCCUCACUACAAGCGACAAAGAUCAGCCACUGUACGCGCUUUUGAGAGGCCAGGACAGACGUGGCCUUGCCUACCCAAGGCCAGAGUUCCUUGCACUUUUAAACGGGAUCAUCACAUUCUUCGAGAAAAUAGCAAAACACCUGCCACGCACGCAUGUUCUCGAAGUUCUACAGCUGCUCGUAGGACCGCAUCUUGAAGACGUACCUCUGCUGAACUGCCCCGAAAGUGUUGACAAUAGUCACGGAAGACG